AUGUACCCUAAAACUUGCACCUUGGUGCUGGUGCGGCUGGGGGGGACCCCCGCUAGGGCGCUGCCUCUGGCUGGAGGCGAGGGCGGAGCGGUGCCACGCCAUGCGAUCCCCCCUAUUCCUAGUGACUUUGAGUCGACUCAAAAGUCACCGCGCUGCCUCUGGCUGGAGUCGAGGGCGGAGCGGUGCCACGCCAUGCGAUCCCCCCCAUUCCUAGUGACUUUUGAGUCGACUCAAAAGUCACCGCGCUGCCUCUGGCUGGAGUCGAGGGCGGAGCGGUGCCACGCCAUGCGAUCCCCCCCAUUCCUAGUGACUUUUGAGUCGACUCAAAAGUCACUGCGCUGCCUCUGGCUGGAGUCGAGGGCGGAGCGGUGCCACGCCAUGCGAUCCCCCCCAUUCCUAGUGACUUUUGAGUCGACUCAAAAGUCACCGCGCUGCCUCUGGCUGGAGGCGAGGGCGGAGCGGUGCCACGCCAUGCGAUCCCCCCCAUUCCUAGUGACUUUUGAGUCGACUCAAAAGUCACCGCGCCGCCUCUGGCUGGAGUCGAGGGCGGAGCGGUGCCGUGCCAUGGCCCUCCCUCUGGAGGCGAGGGCGGAGAGGUGCCGAGCCAUGCGCGAGCUGAGGCCGUGUGGGCGCACCGUGCACCACUGCCUGCUGCCCUGCCGCCACUUCUUCCCUUCAACCCCUCUCUUAGCUUCCUCCUCCCCUCCUCCCCUCCCUCCCCUCCCUCCCCUCCUCCCCUCCUCCCUCCCUCCCCUCCCUCCCCUCCCUCCUCCUCCCUUCCCCCCAACUCCUAACCCUCAAACCCUAAACUUUGAAACAGGAGGUGCUGCUGCGCCUGGCAAGCACCCCUGCCAGGGCCCUUCCUCUGGAGGCGAGGGCGGAGAGGUGCUGAGCCAUGCGCGAGAUGAGGCCGUGUGGCGCACCGUGCACCACUGCCUGCUGCCCUGCCGCCACUUCUUCCCUUCAACCCCUCUCUUAGCUUCCUCCUCCCCUCCUCCCCUCCCUCCCCUCCUCCCCUCCUCCCUCCCUCCCCUCCCUCCCCUCCCUCCUCCUCCCUUCCCCCCAACUCCUAACCCUCAAACCCUAAACUUUGAAACAGGAGCUUCCUCCUCCCCUCCUCCCCUCCCUCCCCUCCUCCCCUCCUCCCUCCCUCCCCUCCCUCCCCUCCCUCCUCCUCCCUUCCCCCCAACUCCUAACCCUCAAACCCUAAACUUUGAAACAGGAGGUGCUGCUGCGCCUGGCAAGCACCCCUGCCAGGGCCCUUCCUCUGGAGGCGAGGGCGGAGAGGUGCCGAGCCAUGCGCGAGAUGAGGCCGUGUGGGCGCACCGUGCACCACUGCCUGCUGCCCUGCCGCCACUUCUUCCCUUCAACCCCUCUCUUAGCUUCCUCCUCCCCUCCUCCCCUCCCUCCCCUCCCUCCCCUCCUCCCCUCCUCCCUCCCUCCCCUCCCUCCCCUCCCUCCUCCUCCCUUCCCCCCAACUCCUAA